CUGAGACUUCAGAUCAACUGGCAAUCACAAACAACACUACUGUCUGCCCCCUCUUGCAUGCAGCGGAUCCGAUUCCCCAGGAGACAAAAGUUGCAGUUCCGCCAGUCGGAUGCCAUACACCUGAUCUCUCCGCUUCUUAGAAUAAUCCGGACUACUCUUUUUACUCGGUGGUUGCCGGAAAAGCGAAAGAGAUGAUGUCGGCGGCGGCCUCCCCGCAACAUUUGUCGAUAACUUCCCCUCCGAAUUCUCCGUGUGGUAGCACGAACCAUCUCCGCCUCUUGAACUGCCCUUCAUCGAUCAAGAUGAAGAACGCAGGACAAUCGUUCUUGGCUCCUUUAUCAGUGGGCUAUACGGAAUCUUUCAUUGGGAAGCUGAAGGCUGCUCCGGCCCACACAUGCAGUGAAGCAACUGAAAUUCCAGUUACAAGCUGGGACAACCUCGGAUUCGAUCCCUUACCAACUGACUAUAUGUAUGUGAUGAAGUGUCCUUCUGGAAGUGGGUCAUUUUCAGAUGGCAAGUUGCUACCUUUUGGGAACAUUGAGUUCAAUCCUUUCUCUUCUGUGUUGAACUAUGGACAGGGCAUAAUUGAAGGGCUGAAGGCACACAAGAAAUCAGAUGACUCUAUAUUACUGUUUCGACCAGAGCAAAACGCCUUGCGUAUGGCUGUUGGAGCUGAUAGACUGUGCAUGGUUGCACCAACUGUUGAGCAAUUCGUGGAGGCGGUGAAAAUUCCACCUCCAGAUAAAGGCUUUCUGCACAUCCGUCCAUUGCUAUUAGGGACUAGUCCUCAACUCAGUCUCACUCCCUCUUCUGAGUUCAUUUUUCUGAUAUAUGUUACCCCUGUCAGGAACUAUUUUGAGGGUGGUUUGGAGCCAAUUGAUCUGGUGGUUGAUGAUAAAACUCACCGUGCCGUGCCAGGUGGAGUUGGACACGUAAAGGCCAUAGGAAACUAUGCUGGGAUUCUGAGGGCGCAGGCUACUGCCAAGGAAAAUGGUUUCAGUGAUGUCUUAUAUGUCGAUUCAGUCCAUAACCGAUACUUAGAAGAGGUCUCCACUGCUAACAUCUUUGUUGUGAAGAGCAGUAGUUACUCACAUUCCUACACUUCAAGGGCUGCAUCUUUUGUUGAGGAAAUCUCUGAUCCAUUAUCAUCCAGCGGUGAUGAAGAUGACUGUGUUGCUGACGUGGAUUGGGACAACUUGGGAUUCGGUCUUGUCACCACCGAUUACAUGUACGUGAUGAAGUGUCGUGAAGAUGGUAACUUUACAAAAGGGGAACUCAACCCAUAUGGCAACAUUGAGCUUAGUCCUUCGGCUGGUGUCUUGAACUAUGGGCAGGGACUGUUUGAAGGCACAAAAGCGUUCAGAAAAGAGGACGGCGGGCUACUCCUAUUCCGCCCGGACCAAAACGCAAUGAGAAUGGUGAUGGGUGCUGAAAGGAUGUGCAUGCCUUGCCCUUCGAUCGACCAAUUCGUCGAUUCAGUCAAACAAACUGCGCUCGCCAACAAGCGUUGGGUGCCACCUCCGGGGAAAGGGACACUGUACAUUCGGCCGUUGCUGCUUGGAACUGGGCCUGUAUUAGGCUUAGCUCCGGCGCCUGAGUACACAUUCCUGGUAUAUGCAUCCCCUGUGGGGAACUACUUUAAGACGGCUGGAGCUUUGAACUUGUACGUGGAGGAAGAGUACGAUCGAUCGGCUCGUUUGGGAACCGGAGGAGUUAAAACUAUCAGCAACUAUGCCCCUGUUCUGAAAGCAAUGAGCAGAGCAAAAAGCAGGGGAUUCUCCGAUGUCCUGUAUCUUGACUCAGUUGAGAAGAAGAACCUCGAGGAAGUAUCGUCAUGCAACAUUUUCAUCGUCAAGGGGAACGUUAUUUCAACCCCUGCAGCCAGGGGAACCAUUCUGGCAGGAGUUGAAGAGCGGGUUGUUCCGGUGGACGAGCUACUGAGUGCCGACGAAGUAUUCUGCACUGGGACGGCUGUCGUUGUAGCUCCUGUAGGCAGCGUCACAUAUCAGGAUCGUAGGGUGCAAUACAAGACUGGUGUUCAAUCAGUGACAUGGGAGUUAUACUCUACCCUGGUAGGGAUCCAAAGAGGUGUGAUUGAAGACAAGAAAGGCUGGACCGUUGAGAUUAAUUGAAGAUCCACCCACCAAUCAGAUUUGGACGUAUUUUUUGUCAGGUUGUGUCUUAGUCCUGCUGUUAACUGUAAACAUCUGUAAAGGGGCUGUGAAAUGUGAAUGAUGGGAUCUUGCGGGAUAGUUAGAAAAUGUCUAUAAAUAAACAGUAGCUUGAAACGGUUCCAACUGUUUUUGGACAAAUUAUCUCAAAUCAUAUUAUUCCAGCACCUCCCACCAUAAUUGACAAUGAUUGAUAAUGGAAU